UAUAAUGUAUCCAGUAGUGGACAGCAAUGCAACGUUUUGGUUGCCAUCCGCCCCUAAAAAAAAACCAAAAGUAGUAGAAGAAGAAGUCUCUGCACCGCACGGUCCAUGAAGUCAGCACUCAGCGCAUGCGCACUAUGUCAACAGCGGGUUUACGCGGGGGGGAAUAUUCAGUUUGCCUUAAAUACUAUAAAUACCGUUUAAUACGACAGUCUUUCGUGUUUAUACAUACAGUCUGUGGGUCUAACACCGGGACAGAUCCGCUGAGUCUCCGGUGAAGCUCGGUGAAGCUCAGUGAGUCCUGAAAGAGUGUUAACUGUUGGCUGUCACGGUAAUUUAGCUGUUAGCUGCUAACACAGACACUGCGGCCUGCGGUCAGGUGCUCACUGUUACCUGUAUCUUUAUAAUACAUACAUUUAGCUCCACCUGUUAGAAGCAGAACUCAGACUGCUGCUGACUGCCAGCCUCAGCAAUAGAGGAGGAAGCAGAAGAAGAGGAAGAAGAUGUCGCUGGUGUCAGAGCUAGAGUUGGGGGAGGAUAUCUCUCUCUCUCUGGACGACUGUCGCUGCCCCGUCUGUCUGGAAAUCUUCAUGGAGCCGGUUACCCUGCCCUGCGCACACACCUUCUGCAAGGAGUGUUUCCGGGAGUCGGUGGAUAAGGCUACUCUUUGCUGUCCGCUCUGCAGGAAGAGGGUUUCCUCCUGGGCUCGGCUGCACAGCAGGAAGAACUCCAUGGUGGAUCAGAACCUGUGGACCAGGAUCCAGAAAAGCUUCCCUCUGCAGUGUAAGAGACGCCUCAACGGAGAGGAAGCUGAGGAAGAGCCAGGAGUCUCUGUGUUUUCUCCCAGAGUGAGUCUGCCUGGGGAGCUGAAGCAGGAAUACGAGGAUCAGGUCUCCAGAUUGACGGAGGAGAAGCGAAUGCUGGAGGAGGAGGAGAGCAGGGCGAGUGAGGAGUUGAUCAGAAGGCUCCUGCAGGAGGAGCAGCAGCAGCUGCAAGAGGAGAGGAAAAGGAGGGAGGAGGAUGAGAGGCUGGCUCUGCUGCUCAGCUCUCAGCUGGUCAGUGUCAUACAUCAUAUGAUUUAUAGCUGUGUAUUUUAUUCAAUAUUUCAUGUAACCUCCUCAUGUCUCCUCCUGCAGAACCCUGCUCCUGCCGAAGUCACUGCAGCCAAGAAGAAGAAGAAGAAGGAGGUCAGCGGGGGACAGAUGGAGAGGUUCUUGUGUCCUCUCCCUGCUAACAGCAGAUCAUCAGACGGCAGCUUCAUGUCCAACAAGGAGAACUUCCUCCUCUGUGAUGCAGCGUUGGAGGAGGAGGCUUUCCUGAGCUCCUCAGUGGAGGAUCAGUGCGAGAGUCGCCUCCAAGCAGAUGCUGGACCUUCAUUGUCUAAGAGGAAGAUAGUUGAAAGGUCGGAGGACGAGGAGCUGACCGCCUCAAAGAGAGGCUGUCCUUCCCCUUUCUCCCACAUUGUGGACCUCACUGGGAAGGAGAGCAGACGGCAGCAGGAGGAGGAAGACCGGAGGCUGGCUGUGCUGCUGCAGAAAGAGCUGGACCAGGAGGAGAGGCAGAGAGCCAGUGACCGACGCAAAGGGUCCUCAGACCCCUAUCUGCUUCGGCAGAACAGGGGCAGCACCGAGACCCAAAACAUGGGCCCCGCCAAAAGCCGCAGCAGCAAGACAUCUAGCAGGGGGACUGCCGAGACCCGCAUCAACAAGACCUCUAGCAGGGGCAGCGCCGAGACCCCCGGCACAAAGACCUCCUCCUCUAGGCGCAGUAAGCAGGCCACACUGACAGAGAUGUUCAGCCUGAGCAGCUAAAGAGGGGUCCAGGGAUACCUCCUCCCUUGGAGCUAAAACAUUUUGUUUUGAAGUUUCUACUUUUUGAAAACCAGUUUUAAAUAUGUUUUUUGGCAUGUGUGUCACUGCGGUACUGAGACUCAUCAGGGGAGUAGACCUGGUUUCUCUGAAACCUGCAGAUCUGCUGUCUUUCUCUGUUUAUAUAUAAGUGAGAAUCUGUGCAGAUUCAACACCUGAACUCUGAAACCUGUAUGGACUUUUGAAAUGUUCUCUGACAUGUACUAACACUAAUGUAGAGCAUGUAGACUGAUGAACGAAUAAAUCAUGUUGAGCUGCAGAUCUGGUCUCAGGUGUGGUUCUCAUCAACCGCUGAAUUAAUAAUAAAUGAUAUGUUGGAAGUUUACUCCGGAGGGGAAUACCUGUUAUGUAACGAGAGGAGGUAAAAACCCUGUUAACAGUGUGGACCAUUUCUUUAAAUAAAAUCACCCCACUCAUUUUCACUGGCACACUGUAAAGCACCUCCGCACUCCUCUCCUGCCACACCCUCACUUAGGUAGCCCACACCUCACUACCGAGACCAGUAUCCUCUGGGAUCGUUAGAAACAGCAGUCAAAUUAACCUGGUUCUCCAGGUGUUGGUGAAGGUAAGACCCAAGUGGAUGUAUAGUAGUGCUGAAGGAGGGGAAAUGUGCUGAGUCAUGUUAUUAUUCAGGAAGGUGGUCGUCUGGGUCAGAAACACUUUAAUUUGAAUGGUCUGCACUUUCUGUCAGUUCUUUAGUUUGUCCACCAGGAAGUCUGUGGUUUGCCUCCCGGUCACAUGACCUCUUCUGCAGUGAGUCAGUGAGUCAUGGUGUGUGUGUUAUUGAGUCAUGUGUCUUUAUUUAAAGAGGGACUUAUAUUUAGUCAUGCAGAGCAGGAAGUCUUUAUCUGAUGAUUAUAUAGAAGUAUUUAACAACCGGCCUCAUCAGUGUAAUGUGAAUAUAAUAUAUAUCUGACCUUUAACUCAAUAUUUUUAAAUCAUGUUUUUGAUGCUUCACAGAUGAUUUGCUUACCCUUCAUAAAUACUUCUGACCCUCAACAGGAGUUGCGCACACACACACACACACUCACACUCAAUUUCUGGUUCUAACCGGCGACCCUUCAGUUCAUGAGCCGAGUCUCUACAGACUGAGCUGCUGCCCCCACUGUUAGAUAAGGUGUGUGUGUAUAAAGCUUUUGAAUCUGAGUCUUGUGAAACCAUAAUGUACUCUGUACUUCUGUGUAUUUCAGUGAUUCUUGAGAAGUGGGACAAAACAUGUCCGUGACAUAAAUCACAGUUUUUUUGGCUAAAAUAUUCAAUAAAUAUACUUAAAAAUGAACCCAAACACUAAACAAGACAAGGGUAGCACAACAAAUUAUGUUUUGAAGUUGUCUAACAUUUUGUUUUCAUUUGAAAUGAUAUGUGUGACCAGUGCCUAGAAAAACCCAUGUCCGGAAGCAGGUCUCCACACUUUAAUUCUUUAAAAAGUCCAAGUUAUAUAGAAUUGAACUUAAUAUUAUGUGCAAAUAAAGUAGUAUUUAUUUCACUAACAUUAAAGAAAAUGAAAUUUAAAAUGUUUUAAUGUACUUUCUGGUCAAUUGAAAAUGUGUCCGAAGUUUUCGUCAACACCGUCAGACGUUUUUAAAUUGGGGGGAAAAUCAGGAAUAAUUUAGGGCAGCUAUAAGACAAAGGAUCCCUUUCCCUCCUUCUUGGUCUUGCUGGCGCCACAAGAAAACUUGAGCUCUGGUAAGUUUUUUAAAAUACUUUAUAUUUCAUAUCUUUUUACUAAUGCGCACGUCACAACCAUAGAGUAUCAACUCCAAAGAGUCUAAAAGUCAAACAUCUGUUUAAAAGUUUCUGCAAUAUAGCUUUGAUUUAUAUAGAUUGGAAGGACCAUAACCAACAUGUGAAAAACAAAAUGGCUCCUGUGAGAAUCAUGCGUGAUAUAAGAAGAAAUGUGUUAUUUUGUCAACACCAUCAGACGUCAACACCGUCAGAAUUUGUGUCUGACGGUGUUGACACUUUCUCUGAUGGUGAUGACAAAAGCCAUUUUAGUGUCCAAUUUAAGCAUUUCAAUGUAAUUUAUACCAAUACCCUAUGCAUGUUUACCAUUAUUGCAGUUUCAUGUAUCCCAUUCAAACUAGUUGUGAUGUACCGUAGCCUACUGUUACCGCCAACCUGAUAUUAUGAAGUGUUCCAUGCUUAUCCAUAACAAAGAACUGACUGUAGAAUGGUAUGCAUUUCAGACUAGAAUGGCUAGACAGAAGUUGUCAGUGGAGGAGUGAAGGAAAAGGAACAGAGAUUACCAAAAGAGAAGGAGAGAAAAACUUAAUAGCCAGCCUGAGUUGAAGGAGGAGUUCCUGACAAAGGAGAGGGAAAGAUGGAGUAACAGGGUGAAGGAGGGCAAAAUUCAAAAGAUCGAUGAUUUGGAUGAGAGAAAAAAGAGGCGUAGGAGAAAGUUUUGGAGACAGGCACAGAUACAAUCAAGGAAGCAAAGGAAAAGAGCAGAGGAAAUCCAGCAAGUUUUAGGUUCUCCGCCACAGAGUCCCUUAGACAACAGCGCUGAGGAGCAAAGGAGCAACAGACAACUGCAUGCUGGCUUGAGGGAGAGAGCUAAAACUAGAAAAAGACAUUCCAGAGAGACUGCAGCAUUGACAGACAAACUUGAGAAGUUGGCAAAAAAAGCUGACAAGCUAAGAAAGCGUCUUAAACGCAGAGAGCACACUCAUAAGAAUACACAUGACUCGCCUCGGACACAGACCGAGAAGAUGCUUGAAGGGAGUAGAAUCAGAAAUCCUUCAAUUAAAAAGUCAUUGCUCUUCCUGUCAUAGCUCACAGUUUGCCGGGAUUACCAGAUUGUUGGACUUUUAGUUUGUUCGCGCCUUACUGCUACUCACUCUCGUAGUGAGGUUCCAAGUUUCUUCCUGCGCAACAGUGCAUUUGAGUUUAGUCAGUAGUUCUUAGUUUAGCCCCGUAUCUUUUGUGCUUUCCUGUUUACAACAUUUCUCCUGUGUUUUGAAUCCUGAGUCCCAUUUGUGAACAUCUCCUGUGUUUUGAAUUCUGAGUUGCCUGUUUUUGCUCGUGUUUCCUCUGUUAACCCUGUACUGCCAGUACUAUUAAAACUCCCAUCAGUUA